AUGGAUAAACAAUUCUGUGGAGCUUGCAGAGCAUUAAUAUCUGAUAAAAGAUACAUGACCUGCCUUGGUUGUAAACAGAAGUAUGACCUUCAAUGCGCUAAUAUCUCACCACAGCGGUAUAGAGCGUUAAAUGAUGAGAAUAAGCGUAAUUGGAGAUGCCUGGAAUGUAAAAGUAAAAUACCUAAGAAGGAUAACACAAACACACCUAUACGCCCAUCGCACCAGACAGAGUCGGCAGUUCUCGAUAACGCAGAUAACUUGAAUGUAACGUUGCGUAAAAAAUCUGAUUUAGCAUUUGACUACAUAACGGAAAAAAAGUUGAAGGAUGUCUUGGAGGCUGAAAGACAAGAAUUAAGAAUUGUUAUUCAAUCAAGCCUGAAGGAAUUAUCAGAUCAGUUAACCACAAUAAAAAACCAGUGUUCCGGAUAUCAGGAGUCUUCAAUGUUUAUUAGUGGGCAAUAUGAGGAUUUUCGCAAAGAGCUCGUAGAACUAAAAAAGCUGCUUGCAACGACCACUUCUGAAUUGAAAUGUAUAAGAGAAGAAAAUAAAAGUCUAAAAAAUAGUGUUACUGCACAAGCUGCAAGGAUCAAAGCAUUGGAAGACGAAAACUUGAGACAACAACAGUGGACACGAAUGCAGAAUAUAGAGAUAACAGGGAUUCCUGAGAAUAAGGCCGAAGAUACUAAACAAAUAGUAUUGAAACUCUCGCAGCAUAUUGGGGCUCCUAUUCAGCAGACUGAUAUCGAUUUCGCACACCGGGUCCAACCUCGGCGCGCUGUAAGUGCUGCCCGCGCCCGCCCCAUUGUUGUGCAUCUAAGACAACGUGCCGUCAAAGACAAAGUUAUAGCAGCGGGUCGCAAGUAUCGUACUCUGAAUGCUAAGGAUUUGGGAAUGGGUGAUGAGACUAACAGAGUUUAUAUCAAUGAGCACCUUACAAAAGAAAAUAAAAUUCUUUUAAAUACAUGCAAACAAAAAGCCAAGGAGAUAAAUUAUAAAUUUGUCUGGACAAAAAACUGCCGUAUCUUCGUUCGAAAGGACGAGGCCUCACCCCCUAUUCCAAUAUCCUCAUCAACCGAUAUAUCCAAAAUAAUGUAA